AUGGAAGAAAAGAAAGAGGAUGUCUUGAUAAAUACAAACGAAGCUCCAGAGGAGGAGGAGGAGGAGGAGGAUUUCGAAGAGUGCGAUCUGACGGUGGGCAUCCAGGAGCAAUUCUAUUCCUCCAGGUUCUCGGACAUGACCAUUGUCACAAGGUUUCGAGAGUUCAAAGUUCACCGGGUAGUUGUGUGCGGACAGUCCGCAUACUUUUUCCGACUUUUCAAGGGAAACCGAACGGAAACCGCCGAUAAUAUUAUCCGGCUGCCAGACGACGAUCCGCGUGCCGUCGAGGCGAUGGUCCAUUAUUUCUAUGGAUUUGAAUACGAGGGAAAGCAAAGCGACCCAGACAGCAUCUCGGAAAUGUUACUCCACGUGCGGACAUAUCACGUCGCGGAGAAAUACGGCAUCCCGCGAUUAAAAGAGGAAGUUGCCGGCAAUUUCGAGGAAAGCGUUGAAUACUGCUGGGAUGACGACGACUUUCCCACUGCCAUUUCCGAGAUAUACACCGGAACUGUGGAGGAUUGCGAGCUGCGUAAUAUAGUGGUGGAGAUCGCCCAUGACCACCUUGGCGCACUGAAUAAGAAAGAAGCGUUUGUCCGGGUUAUGACAGAGGUACCGGGGUUUUCUGCGGAUCUGGUUCAGUAUAUGGCUUCCAGGAGCGAUGGAUUGGAAGUUCGCAAUUGCUCCCAGUGUCAUCAUGACUGGAAGAUGGACCAACCCGAGCAAAAUCAACCUUUCUGGUGCCCAUUUUGUGGCAAGAAAUGGCAUUUUGGCAAUACAGACCUUCUUUGA